AUGUCUGGUCCGAUUUCGACGAGUUCGUCUUCAAACAUGUCUAACGUGACAGUUAAUCAUACCACGUUGCACGACAAUCUCGAUGACGAAAUUCGUCAGUUCUGGGAAGUCGAAGAACUUCCGCAAGUAUCAUACCUCACUCCUGAGGAACAACGUUGUGAGGAACAUUUCCGAGCAACUCAUUCUCGUGACUCGAAUGGACGGUACGUCGUACGGCUACCGUUCAAAGCCAAUCCUCCGAUUGCAAUCGGCGAAUCUCGUCACAUCGCCUCAUCACUUCUUUCACGGCUUGAAGGCCGUCUUCAAAAUAAAAGGGAUAUCGCAUCCGAAUAUCGAGAGUUCCUACUGGAAUACGAAAAUCUCGGUCAUAUGAAGAAAGUAGACGAACCCGUCUCUGCUUCACAAUCAGUUUACAUCCCGCAUCAUGCGGUGAUUCGCGAGCAUAGCAGCACCACGCGGUUGCGCGUCGUGUUCAAUGCAUCUCAGUCGACAUCGAACGGCUCUUCACUUAACGAUCAUCUCAUGAUCGGUCCUAAGUUACAAACCGACCUUCGUUCGGUAAUUCUUCGAUGGCGACAACAUCGUUAUGUUUUCACUGCCGAUAUCGCAAAAAUGUAUAGGCAGAUUCAAGUCGAUCCGCGCGAUCAAGACUAUCAGCGCAUCUUAUGGCGUUCUUCGUCAUCCGAAGCGGUGCAAGACUACCGCUUGCUUACUGUUACUUACG